AAAGACAUCAAUCACUGGCAUUCAUUGCUCCAGUAUCGAGCUCAGGUGAGAUGGUCAAGCAGCGCAAUUCGCGAGGUAUACUCCUCACUUCGAACUUGCCCCAAUUACAAAAUCUGAUCAAGCGAGAUCCAAAAGGAUAUAAGGAAGAGUUCUUGUCGCAAUAUAACCACUAUCUCUCACUUUUACGCUUGCACUCUAUUUCAACUUCCUCAAAUCAGGUGAACAACGACAAGUCAGAUGAACAGUUCGCCAACCUCGUGACAUUUGUGUCGCAAGUCGCUCAAUGUUAUCCGGAGGAGACGAAGGAAUUGCCUGAACAGCUCAAGGGGAUUUUGUUGGGUAGUGGAACGGGUGGCACCGCCGUGCGAGGGGAUCUGAGGGAGACGGCUGUCAAGAAUCUCAUCAUGUUGCGGAACAAGGAGGUGAUCGACUCGAUUCAGCUUUUGCAAAUCCUGCUUCCACUCCUGGCUCAUGUUCCUUCCUCUCUUCGCUCAUUGAUUCGCCAUACCAUCCUCACGGACCUGAAGACGUCCAAUCAAAAGGCAAAAAACCAUAGACUCAAUCGAGUCGUUCAAAGCUUGCUUUUCGGAAUGGUGGAGAGCGGAAUGGGAGCAGAAGUUGUCGGCGAUAAAGGAAAAGGAAAAGCCAAUAAGGAGAAGGGAGGCGAAGCAAUGUGGGCAGUGAUGAUGGUCCGCGAGCUCUGGAAGAAGGGCGUCUGGAACGACGCAAAGACCGUUUCCAUCGUCGCUCUGGCCGCCUUCCACCCGAAUACGAAGGUCCAGUCAGCUGCGAUGCAUUUCUUCCUUGGGUCAGAGCAUGAUGCGGAUGAAGAGGACUCAGACGACGAAGAAGCCAUCAAAGACGCGAGGAAAGACGUCAGGAAGCUGGAACAUCGAUCGACGGUUGGUAAAGGCAGUAGAAAGAAGGAGAAGCAACUGGCGCUAGCAAAGAAGGACGAGAAGAAGAAACGGAAGAACGCUGCUCAAAGCACAUCUGCAAACUUUCCAGCAUUAGAGCUGUUGCAUGAUCCUCAGACAUUCGGAGAGAAGCUAUAUGACAAUCUUCACAAACAUGAUAAACAGUACUCGCUUGAGCACAAGGUUUUGAUCAUGCAGCUUCUCUCGCGAGUCAUGGGAGCUCACAAAUUGUGCAUUCUGGGUUUCUACACCUACAUCAUCAAGUAUAUGACAUAUCACCAGCUCCAAGUGACGACUAUUCUCGUGGCUCUCGCACAAUCAGUACACGAGCUCACACCGCCAGACGUCCUCACGCCGGUCAUUCGAAAGAUUGCUCAGGAAUUUGUUCAUCCAGGAGUCGGAGCUGAAGUCAUCGCUGCGGGUCUCAACUCUAUUCGAGAGGUGUGCAGGAGACAGCCUUGGUGUAUGGAGGAAGAUCUUUUGGAAGACCUAAUCGAGUACCGGAAGAGCAAAGACAAGGGCGUCAUCACCGCCAGUCGAGGACUGCUGCAGCUGUUUAGAGAGGUCAAUCCUGGCAUGCUGAAGAAGCGAGAACGAGGUAAAGCUGCUACCAUGGGCGAGAACAGCGGUCAAGUACCUGAAUAUGGCCACACCAAACCUGUAUCUCAGGGCAUUGAAGGUCUCGAGCUGCUUGAAGAUCACCUCAAUGCUAUGAGACGCGAGGCGAACCCUGACGAGCCCGUCGACUCAGGUGACGAAUUGUCCAUCGACGAAGACGAUGAAGGUGGCUGGUCGGACUGGGAGCGGGAGUCUGAGAGCUCAGACUCAAGUGGAUGGGAGGAUGUGUCAUCUGGCGAAGAUGACUUUGAAGUCAGUGAUAGUGAGGAUGAGGAGCGAGAAAAGAGAAAGGCGUCCAAGAAGGGCAAGGGGAAGACGGUUGACAAGGUCGCGGAAGCGGAGGAUGUGGAUAUGGACGACGUGGAUGAUUCCAAGUCAAUGGUGUCGAUGGCUACUACAGACGUGUCCGGAGCUACGAAGAAGCUAUCUCUCCUGGCUCAGCAGAAGAUCCUGACGCCUGCAGACUUUGCCUUGCUCAACGAGCUACGACUCAAAGCGGCGAAAGAUCUCGUCACGUCCACAUCCUCAUCCUCCGCCAAGCGCAAGCUGGCGGCUCUCGAAGCGUCCAAGAAACACACGUCAGGCGAUGACCAGGCCGAUCGAUUCUUGGAGGAAGCUGAUAUUCUCGGACCGAGAAAGCGUCAAAAGCAAGAUUACGAAGAGCGAAUGGAGUCGAUCCGAAAGGGUAGAGAAGGUCGGGACAAGUUUGGAAGUUUGAAGGGUAAGAAGAUGAAGGAGAAGGAGAGUAGUUCGACGAAUGCUCAGAAGAAGCGAAACAAGCCAAUCAUGAUGGCUUUGCACUCCAAUUCUAUGAUGCAGAAGAAGAAGGCGUCAUUGAGGGACAAGCAGAUCAAGUUGAGAGCUUCUAUCGAGAAGAGGAAGAAAGCCAAAAGGUAGUCAGUUCCGCGAUGGGUUGGCGAUCUCCAACAUGUAUGCUGUGUC